AUGCCAAAUAACGAUAUCGAGAUCAAUACUAUCUGCUCGGAUUUAGAAUCUUCCAAAUUCACUUUAUUAUCUUCCGCUCACGACCACAAUGAGCGAGCUCAGUCCGACAGACAUGUGGCCAGAAAGCUUCCCAAAAUCAAAAUUUUCGGAACUGGUGGCACCAUUGCCUCCAAAGGAGCGUCUUCGUCGCACACUGCCGGAUACCAUGUAGACUUGACCAUCCAGGAGCUGUUGGAGUCUAUUCCAGACAUAUCAGGCGUUUGCGACAUUGAUUACGAACAGAUUUGCAAUGUUGACUCCAAAGAAAUUGAUGAAGAUUCCUUGCUCAAGAUAUAUGCUGGGGUCUCGUCAGCGUUGCAAAACUUCGAUGGUAUUGUGAUUACCCACGGUACCGACACGAUGGCCGAAACUACAUUCUUCAUUGAGAGCACCAUUGACUCCGGAGACGUUCCUAUAGUCUUUGUGGGAUCUAUGAGACCUUCGACAAGUGUUUCUGCGGAUGGUCCCAUGAACCUUUACCAAGCCAUUUGCAUUGCAGCCGACAAGCAGUCACGCGGACGCGGAGUACUCGUUUCGCUCAAUGACCAAAUUUCUGCCGGCUACUACAUCACCAAGACGAAUGCUAACUCACUGGACUCUUUUAAUGUAAGGCAAGGCUAUUUGGGCAAUUUUGUCAACAACGAAGUGCACUAUUACUGGCCCCCAGUCAAACCAGAAGUUUGUCACAAAUUCAAACUCGCUCUCCUGCCAACUGAUGACAAGGAUGCUACAAAAUUUACCGCCACAAGCUUCCCCACAGUUCAUGUGUUGUAUGGCCACCAAACGCUGUCGCCCGAGUUGGUGCGAUUAGUGGCUCAAAGUUGCGAAGGUCUCGUCAUUGCCACAAUGGGCGCCGGGUCUUUGCCAUCUGCGGUGAACGACGUGGUUUUAGAGCUGUCCAUACCGAUCGUAUAUUCAAAAAGAUCCAUGGACGGAAUGGUCCCCACAGCGAACUUGCCGAAACAAAAAUCAGGCAAAAGGUCUAAUAUCAUUGCUUCUGGAUUUCUAAACCCAGAAAAGAGCAGAAUUCUUCUGCAGUUAUGUCUAUUUGAGAAGUUUGGUCUGUCUGAGAUUCGAGAAGUAUUCAAAGGCGCCUACGGUGGCUGA